AUGGCCAAGCGAGGCAAGGCAGCGCCGCAGCGUGAGCCCAAGCGUCCACGCACGGAGGACGAGGAUGUAGACGACGCGUGGGCGCACGAUGCGCAGGCUAUGGCGGCGGACGAUGCGUCGCACCUGCAGUUUCUGUCGCAGGCGAGGCUGCCGGAUGUCUCGGCGGCCGGUGCCCAGGGGCGUGCCAAGGAGCGUGUCCAGGCUGAGAAGCGGCGCCAGCGAAAGAUGCUGGAGAAGGAGGUGGUGCCGGACGAGAGCGAUGUGAGUACGGAUAUGGAGGGGGCGAGUGAGUCGGAGGACGACCUAGCGGAGGAGGCGUCGGACUUGGAAGAGGAGGCGUCGGACCUAGAAGAGGAAGCAUCGGACCUAGAAGAGGAGGCGUCGGACCUAGAAGAGGAUGCAUCCGACCAAGAUCCCUUGGAGGCCGCCUACCUCGCCAAAAUGGAACGGCGCGAACGGCGCGCAGAGGCAGAGCGCCGCGCCCUCGCGCAAAUGCCCCUGCCGAUCCGCACAGAAAAGGGCGUCAUCGAGCGUGUUGAGCGGCCUUCUCACAGCCGCGCCGUGUACUCGGACGAGGAGGAAGAAGAGCCGGAGCCUGCGGUCCUGCCAACGGAGCGCUCGACCGCCGCCGAGAUAGCUCAGCGGUGUCUGCAUCCCGACACGGCCAUGUUGGCGAUCGCCGAGGCCCGCGAAGAAAUUGCGCAGCUGGCCUCGCGGAUCACGGCCGAUCCCGAAGAGAGCCAGGGCCUCCUGCGCCAGCUGCUCGUGUUCGCUCAGCGCCGCGUCUCUCUGGACGGCCAGCGCGUGAACAUGCACCCCUAUAUCCGGCAGCUCGCGUUGCUGUCCCUCUUGGCCGUCUUUGUCGACAUUUUGCCCGGCUACCGCAUUCGUGCGCUGUCGGACGCGGAGCAGCGCGAGCGUGUGAGUCGCGACGUGGCACGGCGCCGCGAGUGGGAGCAGGCGCUCGUGAGCCUGUACCGCGAGUACCUCGAGUGCUGUGAAGCUGACGUGCGUGAUGCAUCGUCGCCGAUCGCGCCGAUCGCCCGCCGCUGCUUUUGCACGCUGCUGGUGCGUGCGCCGCAUUUCAACUUCCGCAAGAAUCUGCUGGCGUCCGUGAUUGCGCUCCUCUCGCGGCGAGCAUGGACGGAUGCGAGUCAGCAGUGCUUUGACGCGCUCGUCGAGCUGCUUAGGCAGGACAGAGACGGCGAAAUGGGUCUCGAGCUUGUCAUGCUGCUGUACCGCAUGAUCCGCGAGCGACACUUGGCGGUGCAUGCCAACGUGCUCGACGUGCUCGUGCACCUGCGGCUGCGGAGCGAGCUGAGUCGGCAUGUGCGGCAGGGACCGAUGGGCGCGCCCACGGCCGCCGAGUCGCGCCGAGCUGAUCCGCGGCAGGUCCGCAAGGGAUUGGCCGUGCACCGCAGCAAGAAGCAGGCGAAGCGCGAUCGGCACGUCCGGCAGAUUGAGAGCGAGAUGCGCGAGGCCGAAGCGACGCUGGAUCUCGAGGAGCGCGAGAAGCGGCAGUCUGAGACGCUCAAGCUCGUGUUUGCCCUGUACAUCCGCAUUCUCAAGACCGACGACGUGCCUGUGCCGCUGCUGGCCAGUGCGCUCGAGGGCAUAGUGCACUUUGCGCACCACGUGAGCGCCGACUUCUUCCGCGAUCUCGUAGGCGUGUUGCGAUCGCAUGUGGCGUCCGCGAUGGAGGCGGGCGAUGUGCGCCAUGCGCUGCUGUGUAUCGUGACGGCCCUGGAACUGCAGACCGGGCAGGGCGGCGCCCUGGAGCUCGAUCUAGGCGCGUUUUAUGCGGCGCUGUACCAGCUGCUAUGGCCCCUGUCUAUGCACCCCAACAUCGAGGCGACGCUCGGCGAGGGCGGGCUGCGGACGCAUAGUCUCUCGGCCCUCCUCUUCCGCGCGAUGGACCUGGCGCUCGUCAAGGCGCCGCGCCACACGCUGCACGUCUCGCUCGAGCGCACGGCUGCCAUGCUCCGGCGCCUGCUGACGGCCGCCCUGCAGUGGCCCACGACAACGACGCUCCACGCGCUGCAAACGGCGCACGCGAUCCUCGCGCGCACCACGGCCAUGGACACACGCUUCGAGGCCCUGCUGGACAAUCGCGACGCGGUGCACGACGGCACAUACGACGCAUGCGCCGAGCAGCCCGACAGCGCACGUGUGCUCGCGAGUGGCGAGCCGUGCUGGGAGCUGCUCCUCCUGUGCCGCUCGCACGCCAAUGCCCAGGUCCGGGCGACCGCAGACGCCCUCCUCUCUGGUAGAUAG